CUGGCCGUGUGACAAUGCCUGCCCCACUCUCAUUUCUUAGUCAUGAACACAGAAUUAGGGAAAAAGUAUUUGGCUUAAGUUUUCACACAUUUUAGUUAUUCAAUUAUUGACGCAUGCUUAUACCACGUGACUCUCUAGUUGUCUGAUUCUGUUUGGAAAGUUUUAUUUCAUACCGUCAUGAGAGGGAGGUUUUUUUUUUCUCUUUUUGAAAGUGAGACACAUAAAGUAAUCAGCCUAAAUUCAAUAUUUUUUUCUAUCGUUUAAGUGGCAAGGGGUCUUUUUUUAUGGAAAGAAUAUUUUCACCAUGUGUGUUAUUUCUGUUCUUGUUUUAAAAAAAAAGGUUGUAAUUUAAGGAGUGACAUCAUUUCAAAAGGGACGAUGUUUUCUGAGAAACCAGUCACUUACUAUGUAAUCAGUUAUUAUGAACUGUAAGAGCUUAAGUCGAUGUGAAAGAAGGUAAGAGAUACAUAGGAGAUGCUUACACACAUGAUAAAUUACAUCCAAGACUUGCAUUAUUAAGUCAAACAAGACUGGGACACUGGAAACAGAAGUAACAAGACUGGGGCACUGGAAACAAAAGUAACAAGACUGGGGCACUGGAAACAGAAGUAACAAGACUGGUGCACUGGAAAUAGAAGUAACAAGACGGGAGCACUGGAAGCACAAGUAAACAGUCUGCUACAAACAAAGUAGAAUCCCAAAACGUAAUAUUAAAUAUUCAAAAAGUCUUCAACUAUGUUGAUUCAACUGAUCGUCCUCUGUUUAUACUGCCUCUCUGAGAUUUUGCUAGCGGGAAGUCCUGUAAAUGUCACAUCAACCUUUUAUCUUGACAAAUUGAAUUUCGCGCCUCUGGGCUGCAACGAGACCUCCAUGUGGACAACACUUAGAAGGUCCAAGCUAUCGUGCGCUGCGUCUUGUCUGGCCAACAAAACCUGCGUGGUGUUUACGUACUCCAGUGUUACUAACAAAUGUUUAGUGUGUCAUGGCGACCUAAUACAGAAUCUGACCUUUAUUUCAGAUAAGGUAUAUUCCUGGCCUUAUCAAACUGCAAAAACAAACUUGCCGGUUAUCCAGGAUAACUUUUCCCCUGUUUCAAACGGAAUUUAUUCUGGCUUUGUGGUUCACCUGACCGGCUACUUCUUCGGCUACAACAAUUCGUAUUUCGCUAUUCGCCUGUCACAAGACGAUGACUCCGAGGGCAACAACGUCCCGCUGGUGGUGCGCUUCUACAAGAGCAGCGUGGAAAUACUGUACGUACAAAACACCAACUGGAAGUCUGUCAAAAAAGUGACGCUCCCUGCUGGUACAAUACAAGCGAAUACAAACACUACGGUGGCUGUAAUGAUGAUCAAAGACGGCUACCAGAUUUACGCCAAUCAAAUCUACUGCUGCUCCACUGGUCACGUUAUGGACUUUCAAAUGAUUCGCUACGUAGGGGUCAUUAUGGACAUCCAAGUAUAUCAACUCAGUUACUAGGCAUGGUCAUUUGGCCGAAACAAAAAUAGUAUACAGCGUUUAUAAAUAGGGGCAGUGAAUGUGACUAUGUCGUAUAGCCUUGCUUAUCUCUUUCUUAGGUAACAUUUAUUAAAUAGCUUCAAAGCUGCAUUCUUUAUCGAGAGAGCGAACAAUACACUGGUCCCAAAACUCCCGUAAAAGAAAUUCUACGGAGAGCUGCCAGAUUUGGGAACCACUGCGCAGUUCAUAGCAAAUUUAGGACUACUUUUCUGAAUCCUGCAACACAUGAGAUUGAAGAAGAACUUGAUUUUAAAUCAUAGUUUUAAUGUUUAACUUAUAGUUUUAAUGUUUUUCUCUCUUACAACUACUGUUGAAAAUAUAAUAUAUAUAACUGUUGAUACACUCGAAGUUAAAUGUUGAUACAUUCAAAGAAAAUUAUUGAUAAAAAAAAAUGUUGACAGUGUUUAUAAAAUACUUUUGAGGUUUACAACUUUCAUUCUUUCUAACAUUUUUACCCCACAAAUAAUUGAACAAGUUCCAUAACCUAAAUAUCUAUGUGCUCCCUGUCGUGCGCAUCUAGAGCUGCUCUUUAUAUGAUGUCUCUUUUGUGCACCAUAAUGGUUUGUGCACUCUAGUUCCUAAGGUCGCGCUUUGUGGAUGUCAUUGCCUCUUUGCCUCUGUUGUGGUUGUGCUGAUGGCGGAUCUUUGGUUGGAGUUUUCUUUGGUGUUUUCUUCCCCAAUAUUGGGGACGCAAGCUUGGGGAUCUGUCGGAGUCAAGUUUGAUUUGUAGACUUUGUUAUGUUACUUGACUACCGACCAUGGCGUUGGGGUGUGGGCGUUGCGAGCCCUGAUUGACUGUGACACUGAGAUUAAGGUGUGCUAUAGUUCUUUUGCGUAGAUUAUAUAACUUGUAAUUGCCUUUGUAAAUGCUACCAAUAUUUAUUCGUCAUUUAUGCCUCAUCAUAUCCUUACUUCCUUAAACCUUUUGUUUUGUUAUAUGCAACCUCGUUAGUCACUAGUAGGCGUUACUAUUUGCAUUAGUCGUUCUUUUGAUACUCAGUUCAUAACUUGAUUGUUAGAUUGUUAGGGGGUGCCCAGGCAGACGAGCCACGGCUAAAUUACAACCCCCAGGAGGUUAAUAAACACUGUUCAGGUGGGAAGCCCGGGGAAGUACAUCAUACCCUAGACGAACUCUGUAAAACCCACACCUGACACCCCCCAUCUCAGUUUUAUUUCUCAGCCUGUACUCCCCUUUGAGAGUAAAUGAUACAGAAAACUGCUGGGUAUCAGAUACCAAAUUAGUUUGUACUUUUUACAAGUCAACACUCUGACUGGCAAAAAGGAUGAACUUCUCAAUACAGUGAAGAGACUUUUAUUUCUUUCAAAAGAUGUUGAUAUCUUUUUUUUUUUUACAAAGCUUAUAACAACUCUGUCUUGCAUCUUUCUGUCUGGUCACAUAUUUGUACACGUUAUAACCACUCUGUCUUACAUCUUUCUGUCUGGUCACAUAUUUGUACACGUUAUAACCACGUCUGUCUUACAUCUUUCUGUCUGGUCACAUAUUUGUACACGUUAUAACAACUCUGUCUUACAUCUUUCUGUCUGGUCACAUAUUUGUACACGUUAUAACAACUCUGUCUUACAUCUUUCUGUCUGGUCACAUAUUUGUCACACGUUUUCUCUCCUACAGCCAUUCUUAGAUCGAGCUGACAUUGGGCACACGAUUAUUUCUUUUACCUGGCAAAACAAGAAUAAAAAAAAAGAUUAACCAAAUAGUUAAUUAACUGUUGGUAAUUAUUUUUUUUGUUUGGUAUCGAACAAGGGAAAGAAAUUGUAGUUGACUGAAGUGGUGAUAUAAGUUGAACUAAACUAUAAAUGCAUUUUAAAAGCGAUCACGGUAAGAUUUACACAGAAACCUCUUUCCUUCUCACCCCACCCUUUCUGGAAGGAGAGCUUCAUGGCCUAUAUUAAGAAAGCUAAGAGUUUGGGAUUGCGCUAAACAAAAACAAUUGGUA